GCAAGGGAGUGUGAGCACAGACAGAGGGCCCUUUCUUACACAGGGUGGGCAGGGCAGGGAGAAGUGACUCUGCCCUGAGAGAGUGACACACACAGGGAGAGAGGAAGAGAGAGAGGGAAAGAGAGAGAGAGACAGAGAGAAAGAGAGCGAGAGGCAGAAAGAGCGCCUUUCAAUACAGACCAAGUAUGGGGCAAAGUUGAGAGCUUAGAGUAUAUCAACAAAAAGCAGCAGCAGAUAUUGAAGAGGAUAUACAAGGAAGAGGAAAGGAGGAAGAGGAGCUUUACUGGCCUGGACUUCUAAAGUGUUUGCCGAAAAUCUCUCAGAGCCAGAGGAGAAUGGAUUAAAAUAGACAGGAGACUUCAGAGGACCUGAGGUAGAAUCCACAAAUCCCAAAAGAGGGACACAAACAAACUACUCUGAGAGGCAGACUCCAUAGACCUUCCCAUCGCAGCAAGGAAAGAUCGGAAUCAUUACAGCAACUGAAGGAUUUCAAAGGAAAACGUCCAUCUCUCAUAAAACAAUUGAUCUUUKGUCUUCAAACUAUCAUAAAUAAUGCUUUGGUCUUUAAACCUCCAGACAAGGCACUUAAGGAAGGAGGGGAGGAUAAAGAGAUUCUCCCUGCAUCAAUGAAUUUUCCAGUCUCUUGCUAUCCUCCCUUGGCAUGUGCUACUAUAUCAGCAACAUCUUCACUAUCAAGAGUUCACAAGCACUAGAUCAGGGUCAAAUCACCAUAGAAACAAUCCCCUUCCUGGUAACAGCAACACCCUUGGCUGACUAAUUCAAUCAUCUAUCCUUGUUUGCUAUUGUGGUUGGCUUCUUCAAUAGAUGACACUCAAAAGGAGUUGCUAAGACACUGUCAGUGAACCAUGAAGGAAGACAUCUUGGAUUUUUUCAGUAACUUGUGGAAGGUGGCCACCACCAAGCAUGACCAGGGGAUCUACAAUACAGUCUGCCUGGUGGUGCUGCUAGCCCUGCCUAUGGUGGUGCUCUUCACUUCUCUGGUGGUGUGCUGCCACUGCUGCUGCUGUCGCCGGGCCAACUCCACUGGUUGCUGCGGAGACAGCCCAAGAUCAGACACAGCAAAAUCAGACAAAAAGAAGAAGAAGAGUCCCAAAAAUGAGGACUUCUGGAUCUCGGUCAAAACAGGACCUAUGACACCAGACAGGGUUGCCCUGACGAUGGUGUAGUAGUCGUGACUGAUGUUCAGAUAAGGUUUCAUUCUUUUGUAUUUAUAUUCAGCUCUUUUUUACUGCAAGGUACAGGUACAUAAUGCCGGGCAAGGCCAGCCUUAGCCUUUUAAAGGCCCUAAGCGAUAUUUGUUUUUAAGUUUUAAAGUUAAUUUCCUGCAAUUCUACACAUUUUGCCAUGGGGUGUACAGAAAAUGUUGCAGUUUUAAA